CACGCCAUUACGAUUUCUAAAGCUUUUUUGUUCUGUGCUUACGCAGUGUCUCCGUUGAGCCGCCACUUCAUUUUCUCUCUUUAUAGGAGUGUGGAUUCUCUUCUGUCGCCGGCGAAUUGAGGCGGCAGAGAAGAACGCAGGCCGCCAUGAGAGAGGGGCGACUGAAACCUAAGCUGAAGCUUGCGCUCCCGGCGCAGGAGGCCUCUAUUAAGAAAUUCUUGACGGAGAGCGGAACGUUCAGGCAUGAGGAUUUACUGGUUAAUAAGGAUGGACUUCGGAUUGUGUCUCAUAGCGAGGAGGGCGAGGUGCAUCUUAUUAGACCAUUGGACAAUCAGUUGGCAUUAGCUGACAUGGACAUAGUUAAAGUGAUUGGGAAUGGUAGUGCUGGAAUAGUACAAUUGGUUCGACAUAAGUGGACUGGCCAGUUUUUUGCUCUUAAGAUUAUACAAAUGAACAUCCAAGAGAAAGUACGCAAGCAGAUUGCCCAGGAGUUGAAGAUUAACUUGUCAUCACAGAGUCCGUACGUUGUGGUGUGUUACCAAUCUUUUUAUGACAAUGGUGCUAUAUCAAUAGUCUUGGAAUACAUGGAUGGUGGCUCUCUGUCAGACUUUCUAAGGAAAGUUGGAUCGAUUCCUGAGCCAUAUUUGGCAGCAAUCUGUAGUCAGGUACUUCGAGGAUUAAUAUUUCUCCAUCAUGAAAAGCAUAUUAUUCAUAGGGACUUGAAGCCAUCAAACAUACUUAUCAAUCACAGAGGGGAAGUAAAGAUAUCUGACUUCGGUGUGAGUGCUGUUUUGGCAAGUUCUUCAGGUCUAAGAGAUACCUUUACUGGGACUUACAACUACAUGUCUCCAGAAAGAAUCAGUGGAGAGAAGCAUGGUUAUCCAAGCGACAUAUGGAGCUUGGGUUUAGUUAUGCUUGAGUGUGCAACAGGUCAAUUUCCCUAUCCGCCAGUUGACAGUUUCUAUGAGAUUCUUGAAGCUGUUGUCGAUAAGCCAGCUCCGUUUGCCCCUCCAGACCAAUUUUCUGAAGAGUUCUGCUCAUUUAUUUCCACAUGUGUACAGAAGAAGCCCGAGAACAGACAAUCUGCACAGUUGUUACUGAAACACCCUUUCCUGAUCAAGUAUGACGGUUCGACCAUUGAUCUUGCUUCGUAUUUCACCAGUGCUGCUGCUCCUUUAGCUACCUUCGGCGACCAGAUAUGAUUGCUUCAUUUUUUGGCGUUAGAUUUCUUUCUUAGAGACUACCAUGGAUUUCAUAUCAUCAAAUGCGCCAAAAGCAUGCCACACAAAACAGAAGUAGCUUUUGGUUGAGCACAGUUGCUUGCUUUUUUUUGGAGGGAUUAUUACAUGCGGAGUCCGAAUGCAUAGAAUCUUUCGGUUUUGUGAUUGUGAACGGUAAAAGUUCAGUGGUGAACAGUAAAUGCACUUUAUUGUUCACAGUCACAAAACCGAAUGUUUCUCUAUGUCCGAACUCCGCACAUAAUAAUCUCUACUUUUUUUUACUGCAAUUCUUGGGUUCUUCUACACUGUAUCUGUAUGCGAUCGAGAGAUGCUAAGCCUGGAGAGUCAUUGCAGUGAUUCUAUGUAUGGAUUGGGAGGCUGAAAUAAUGGUGUAAGAUAACAAAUUUAAGGUUUUUGAGAUGUAAGAAAUGUUAUAGAUGUGAUAAAGGCUUCGUUUGGGACAGCUUUUUUGUUGCUUUCUAAAACAACUUCCAGUAUAAAAAAUUCAUGAAUUAGAAAAUUUAUACUAGAAUCGUUUUAAAAAACAGUACGAAAACUGUCCCAAACGAAAUCAAAGUCUCUGUUUUAUCUGAAGAAUUGUUACUUCUCUCAGAUGUAUAAUAUUGCUUUUAACUUUUUUUUUUUUAAUGGUAUGGAAAAGCAUAUUGACCAUUUGUAAACAAUGUUGGUUGGCGUUC